GAAAACAUCAUCAAUUUCUAUGCCUUUCAACUAAUUACAGGUCUCCAUAUUGCUAUUGUUAGUGUUUAUUCGAGACAGUUUGUUGCUGUAGAUAUUUUUUGUCAAUGCGUUUCGACGAACGAACGAUACAAAAAAAAACUUUCACAUUUCUGUAUUGUAUCGUUUCCACUUUCAAUGUGUGCAUUUGCUUUGGAUAGUGUGAUGUGCUGGUGAUUUACAGUCUGUAUUUUUACAUCUUAUUGACUGCCAGUUUCGGUGUGUUAAUAUAUUUGUACGUGUGUGACAUUUUCAUGUUGUGUACAAUUCGCUUGUCAAUACACAACAAAAACUAACACCGUAGAACAUUGAGUCCAGAAUCGUGUAAAAGUGAAAUCAUCUGUGUUUUGCUGCUGGAUUCAAAACCGAUUUUAUUUCUUUAACAACAACAAAAACUCUGUGUGUUUGACUGAUGGACGAACGGCGCCACACACAUACACUUCAUCUAUAAUUAAAAAUGCAGUGAAACUAAAUUAGAUUAUUAAUAAGUGAAAACAUCACCCAAACAACGACGAUUAAUGCGAAUUCAUUUGCAUAUUCUGUUCGACAAACAGCAACAAGACGCGCAGAAAAAUACCGAAAUUUCAAUAAUCCACAAAUGAUUAAAUUGGAAGGGAAACACACAUCACACGACAUGCAUUCGACUAUCGCUUUACCAAAUCGUCGAAUCAAAAUUUAUAAUGUUACAUUUUUACCAUAGAUUCUUAUUUUACGUUCGUUCCAUGUGAUAUUUUUCUGCUUUAGUUAGUAUUAUUGAGUCGUUUCCAUUUUGUUGUUGUUCGGCUUGUACUUAAUAUUUAAACGCGCGUGGAAUAAAAUAGAUGAAUGCCGCGGUCCGAGACCGAAUAAGAAUUUUUUUUUUUGGAUAUUAAACGAUUUGACGGUGAUCAAACCAAAAAUCAAAUCAAGAUUCUGUUGGAAUUAAUCGCGGCGUGAAUUUUUUUUCUGCCCGAAGAAAAAUGUUGACGUCAAAACCGUCGAAAGUGGCCAGAGUGGUCAUUUGUGGCAUGAAAAGUGUGGGAAAAACGGCAAUACUGGAACAACUCAUCUAUGGUAGCAUUACACCGGACACUGAACUUCAUCCAACGAUAGAGGAUACGUAUGUAGCAAGUGUUGAUACGGGACGAGGAUCAAGAGAUAUUUUACGCAUUUAUGACACAGCCGGCUUACAAGGAACCGUACAGCUGCCACGGCAUUACUUACAAUUUCCGGACGGGUUUGUGCUGGUGUACGACCCUUGUGACCCAACCAGUUUGGAUAUGUUGGCGUACAUUAAGAGUGACAUUGAUAAAAAUAAAGAUAAAAAAGACGUUUGCGCUAUCGUUAUUGCGAAUAUGCAUGUGAAAAGUAAUCGAUUGAAUGCGAUUGAUCCGACCGAAUCAAUAAAUCGUGCCAAUAAUUGGUGUGAACGUGAACGUAUCAAACAUUAUACGGUAAACGCAAUGGAACGUGCAUCACUGUAUGAACCGUUCAUUGGAUUGGCUGUGCGAUUGCAUCCACCUCAAACCAAAACUACUUUUCCACAGUUACGUCAAUUAACCCAGAAAACCUCAAAGGCUGACAACAAUUGAAACUCCUCAGACGAAGAAAAUACACAAAACAAAAAUGAAACGGAUAUAAAACGCAUCACGCAAUGCAUUAAAAAAAAAAACUAUUUAUUUUCUUCUAUUGUAUUUAUCUUUUGAUUUCUUAUAUUUAAAAAAAAAAAAACAAAUAAUUGUACUUAUGAUAACAAUAACAACAAAAACACACACGGACACACAAAGUGCUUUGGAAACUUUUGUGGAAAAAGCAUAGAUUUUUUUUUUGUCUUCUGUUUCAUUCGAAUUUGGUUGUUGAAAAAUUAAAAAAAAAAUCGAAUUUUUUUUUCUAGUUUUUAAGACAAAUUAUUAACACAAAGACGUAGUAGAAUAAAAAUCAAAAUGCAAAUAUAA